GAUUAUCAUGAACGCCUCCUCAAGAGCCGGAAACAAAACAUCUGUGUCAUGUGAUUCUGCUUGUGCUUCUUUCUAUUAUGUAGCUGUUAGAUGUCAAGUCAUUUAAUAAGAAUCCAAAGAAGGUAUGUGAACACAUUGACUGAUUGAAUUUUACUGUUAGAUUGAUAUUGACUAUCAAGUUAACUUGUGGAGGAUAGAAUACGCAGUUGGUUACGGCUAUUGGUUCUUUUUACGGAAGUAAUAGUUAAUCCGUCGGCUAGCUGUCAUGUUAGCAUGCUGUUAUUUGUAAUGAAGCUCUUACGGUUGUGCUGAAACACAGUCUGAGAAGCCGAGGACACUAAAUGGAGACAUUUUUCUUUCCACAGUAGCGAGGCGGUCUAUUGAAGACGAGGAAACGGUGGCCGUCAUGGCAGAUGUGAGUAUGGUCUGUCUGUCAUUUUCGGACAUUAAAUUAAAACAGAAGUACCUGCAGUUUUUCUUCUAAUUUGAUGAAAAGCGCAAAUUUUGGCAUUUUUACACUAAGCAAAUAUAUAUACUCAACGCAGCAUACCCCGGACAGUAGUUCGGCUGAAUAUGGCAUGGGAAAGCUGCUACAUAGUAUUUAUAAACCAACUUUGAUGUAUGCUGUGCCUUGGUGCCUCCCAUUUAAAAACUUGUCCAACUUGGUCACUUCCUAUACUUAGUCUAUUCUAAAGAACAUGGAUCACCCACUUCACAACACCUUGAUGGACCAAAGGGCCAAUGGUGGUGGAUGGCUCCUCUCUCUUCGCUGCAGGACAGAAAGAUUCAGAGGAUCUUUUGUACCAACAGCCAUUAGACUUUAUAACUCUUGUGUAAAUAGUAGAUAACUGUUAGAGACGUAUUUUGUGACACGACAGACAAUUGAAUUUCCCUUCAGGGAUUAAUAACGUUAUUCUUAUUCUUGUAUAUCUUCCCUUUGCAGGAUUUGAAGAAAUAUCUGUACAAACAGUUGCAGAGGUAUGUAUGAUUGAUUGCACAGUUUUUUUAUCAUACAAGUCACAAUGUGUAGCAAAAUUAUCAGGUUUUAUGUUGAAUCAUUAAAAAAUAUCCUGUCUGUCUCAUUCAGUGUUGAAGGUCUUCAUGCUAUUGUGGUGACAGACCGAGAUGGUGUUCCAGUUAUUAAAGGUAAGAAAGUACACCCGAAACCUUUCACUCAAGUGAAUAGCAGAAGAAAAUACUGGAAAUGAGAGCUGCAUGUUGUGGAAUUUGAGGUGUAAUUGAUGGUGAUAAUUAGUCUGUUUUCUUUGAAUGUUUAUCCUGUUAUUAAAACUUACCUUUGUACUGUAUAUGUCUAUACAGAUAUUUAACUAAACAAAAAUUCACUUCUGGACUCUGUUGAUAUCAUCGCACUUAUUUGCUUGCUUUAUAGACAACAGAGGCGUAUCAUUUGUGUUAUAUUGAAGGACAAAUUUUGGAGUGAUUGAUGUUUGCAUGAUUGAAAAACUGCAACAAUUGGGAAGUUAAAAUAAUCCAAUUGAUUGCAGGCCCUGCUGGUAGCUGAAAAAGUUGCAUAUUUUAAUGCGUGUUGAGAAAAAUGCAGAAUCACAGGUUAGUCUAAAUCUUAUUUGAGUAAGAACUGCAGAAUUCAUCAGUUUGAAGAUCACAUAUUGCUUUUGCAAUCAUGACUGCUACUGAAGCUGAAUCAGCAAAAAGCACAUCAAUUUUUUGUAGAAGUGUCAUUUCGGAUAAAGAAACUCUACAACUAGGGCUUUGCUAAAUGAAAGAGUGGAAUAGCAAUGAGCAGGAUUUAAUGUUUAUGCAGAUGUGUUAAGCUUCACUGCUCUUUGAGGAGGAAAGAGUUGAACUUGUGGGUAUAUUUACAUUUUGAACACAUUUAUUUGGGCAUCAGGGCACACAUCAUGACACUAGGGCCAGAGCAGUAGAUUAAAACAGAGUGGCGACAACUUCAGAUCUCGCCGCCGGAGCAGUCACGUGGUUCAUGUACCCCUCCAUAGUUCCAAACGCAGCCUGCACUGUCCAUGCUCUUUAACGGGGCAGACUGCAGUGAGCGCGCAUUUAAGAGGUAAAUAUUAAAAUUAACCGUAAAAAGUCAACAUUUGCAACUCUUAUUGGAUUACUGUGUACACAUCAAAGUCACGUACGUAUAUUUAGCGGCUGGAUGACAAAUAAAAGUGAAAUAAGACAUGUUUGGUAACACGUGUUACUUUUUAAUAAGAGAAAAUAAUACAAUAAAGUGGUAAGUAACAUGUGUUACAAGCUGUUUAAACAAUUGUACAAUGUUUUGGUCUUGCAGCAUGGCCUGCAUGACAUUUUUUCAUGUUAAACAUACGCCUUAAAUGCUGACAGGAUUUAAAAAGUAGCGGCCCCUUAACUCUAUCAUCCCAUAAGCAGAAAUCAAAUUACAUAGCAUUUAUGUUAGUCUAAAAAGAAUAAACUGCAUAUUACAUCGGGAACUGAUAAAGGCUGAAAUCUAAAAUAAAGCCCAUAAGUAACCAUCUCAACAUAUGAUUGAUGAUGAUUUAUCUGUGAUUCAUAACUCAGUCACACAAUAAAUUUUGGCAGGCCUCUACAGCUGACGACGUCCAGCUAGCAGGCCGUGGCUAAAAAAUCGAUCCCAAUUCCUUUCUAAAAAAACGUAAUUACAUUUGUAAUUACAAUUUGAGCAUACUAAAAUUAAAAUCAUUUUACAUAUAAAGGGGUCCCUCGAUACCAUUUACACACGUAUUGGCAUUACAUUCCUUGAUACAAUAUUUUACCUCGGGGAGUGUGGGAGCAAACCGUGGCUAAAAAAUCGAUCCCAAUUCCUGACUAAAACAACGUAAUUACAUUUGGGAUAUACAUUUUUACAUAUAAAGGGGUCCCCUCGAUAUCAAUAACACAUGUAUUGGCAUUAAACUUGUUGAUAUUUUAUUAUUUAACCUCGGUGAGCGCUUGCCUUGUGGCCAUAGAAGCGAACGGUGUCCGACGUGACAGGCGGUCAUGUUGGAACUAUUAAGCGUUCCAUAACCCGGAAGUGGGGUCCGCCGGGCAGUACAGCGUAUGUCUAUGGGAGUGUCGCCACUCUGUUUUAAUCUACUGCUCUGACAAGGGCUAUGGCAGGUAAACUGCAUCAUUCACUCACCUUUUAAAAGCCAACUACUGGACUGUUAUAGUAGUUAUAUUACAGUUUGGCAAGAAACACAGCUUUAUCGCAGUGGGUGAUGGUGGUCAUGGGAAAUGCACUCUUCAUCUACGAAUAUUUCAGAAUUAGCACAACAUGAUAUUCCUCCAGUGAUGUAAAUAUGCAAAAGCUAUUUGUUUUAUUCUUUCACAGUUUUUGCUGCAGUCAAGUGAUUUGUCACAUAGAAAUGAUAAAGAAAGAGAUACAAAUGACACAAAACUAUUAUGAACAUUUCAAAAUGUUAAAGAUCAGUCUUUGUUUUUAAAGGAAAAGCUGCCCUGAAAUAAAUACAGGAAUGUUUGUGUGUUUUCUGCAGCUAUAUGUGCAGAUCAUAACUCACUAAAACGAGAAAGUGAAUGAAAAAAUCGUGUCUGCAGAAUUCUUUGCAGACUUGAGAAAUUUUCUUGGAAGCAUAAAAUAACCAAAUAAACCAAAAGAAGAUAUGAGUUUUUUCAUUGUGUUUAUUGAGCUGCUGUGGACACAGAGUCUGACUAAUCUGUUAUUUCUUCACCACAUGUCAGCUUUUCUUUCAUGAAUUGAUCUAAAUUAACAUGUUUUUGUGACAGCUACAUUUUCUAUGAUUAAUGUUGUUUGUGUUUUCUUACAGUUGCCAAUGAAAACGCCCCAGUCCACGCACUGAGACCGGGCUUUCUGUCCACUUUCGCGCUGGCUACAGAUCAGGGCAGCAAGCUGGGUCUGUCCAAGAACAAGAGCAUCAUCUGCUACUACAACACCUACCAGGUCAGGCAGCUCCAGGGUGAUCCCGUCAAAGCUCUCUGGAGUCUACUAAACGCUCAGAGUGGCUGUUGCCAGUUUUUUGUCCUAAUACAGCUUUUAUUUCUUUGUGUCAAACAGAUUGUGCAGUUCAACCGGUUACCUUUGGUCAUCAGCUUCAUUGCCAGCAGCAGCGCCAACACAGGUAAAGUCUCUUCUGGUGACAGUGUUACACUCUGCAGCCAAACAUCCAACAUAAAAAGAACCUUCAUGUAAUUAGUGAUAUUUCAAUCCGAGAACUGGCAGGAAAAGUUCAGAUAAAGCUUUGUCUGUCUGUGUUCACACCCUAAAAACUGUGGGAAGUUUUGCACAUGCUUAGAUGUUACAGAUGCAGAUUUGAUGUGCUGUGUCAUGAUGUCGGUGUGUGUUACAUUCUCCAACUUGCCAGUCUUCCUGGUUAAUGGUGUGUUUGUGUGGUGUCAAAACAGCACUUUACUGUGUGUGUCCUCAGGCCUCAUCAUGAGUCUGGAGAAGGAGCUGGCCCCACUAAUAGAGGAGCUGAGGCAGGUGGUGGAGGUGACAUAAACUCUGACAUAUCACACUCGGCUCCCUGGAUUUCUCUGUCUGAAAUGGUGCAUUCAAGUCCUGUGGAAAACCUGACUACAGCUCUGAGAUAUCAUCCCAGCUGUUUCCAUCAUGAUAAAUCUUUCCUGUACUCUUUUAUUUUUCCUCUGUUGACUUUCCUUUUUUGCCUUUCUCGCUCUUUAUUUCUGCAGCUAAGACAGUUUGUAUGUCGAAUCAAAUGUCAAAAAGUCUGAAUAAAUGUCUCAUUUUUAGCACCUAAACUG